CUUCUAAAAUCGGGGAAGAAGAGAACGGAAGAGAAGCAGAAGCAGCAGAAGCAAUGGAGGCUGUGAAGAGAGAGAAGACGAUAGGGCACGAAAUCGGAGGGGUCCAAAACGACACUCUUCGUUUCGGACUCCAUAGCGUCAAGAAUGAGAUCGUCGGGGACCAUCCCCUUCAAUCUGCCUAUCACUCUACUCAGGAGGUCCAUGAACAGAUGAAGAGGAGGGUUAUGGUCAACACGUACGGCUCGGCUCUUCCUUUGAAGAUGGACCUCGAUCGCCAAAUGCUUUCAAGAUUCCAGAGGCCUCCAGGUCCAAUACCGUCAUCCAUGCUGGGGUUGGAUGCUCUGACAGGAAGCCUGGAAGACUUCGGUUUUGAAGAUUACCUUAAUGACCCAAAGGAGUCUGAAACGAUCCGCCCCCUGGAUAUGCAUCAUGGAAUGGAAGUUCGCUUUGGACUCUCCAAGGGACCAGCCCACCCCAGUUUCAUCUGAAACGUUACUACUUGCCGCUUGCCAAAGAAACAGUUGUGCUAUUCUCUCUCACUGCUUUAGGCUAUGCUUUAUGAUGAAAUAUAUAUAUAUAUAUAUAUAUAUCACAACUCUUUCAAAUGAACAGCUGAAUGGCAUGACCCCUGCUAUUGGUAUUGCCAGUACUUGAAUGAGUGAGUUGCACCACUGUUAUUUCUAUUUUUAGUUUUUUCUUUUUCUCCUUGUUCUCUUGGAAACUGGUAUGGACCCGUUGUCUACUUUUGCAGGCAAAAACUACAUGCAGUGUAUUUGUUAAA